AUGGAGAGAUCAGGACCGAUUACAAUUUCUAAAUAUAUGAAAGAGGCUUUGACCAAUCCGUUAGAAGGAUAUUAUACGAAAAAAGGUGAUGUUUUUGGUGUAAAGGGAGAUUUCACAACAUCACCUGAAAUAAGUCAAAUGUUUGGAGAGCUGAUAGGUAUUUGGUUCCUAACUCAAUGGAAAAGUCAAGGACAGCCUAAAAACAUACAAAUAGUUGAAUUAGGUCCGGGAAGAGGGACUUUGUUAGAUGACAUACUUCGUGCUUUAUCAAAAUUUAAAGAAUGUUACAAUUCGAUAACUAGAGUUAAUCUAGUUGAAGUAAGUCAAGAAAUGCGUAAAAUUCAAUAUUCUAAACUUUGUGAGAAGGGAAACAAACAAGAUGAUAGAAUUGAAUUUAAUUGGUACAACUCAUUUGAAGAAAUUCCUGAUUUAUGGUCUAUGGUGAUAGCACAUGAAUUUUUUGAUGCAUUACCAAUUCAUAGGUUUGAACAAAUAUCGAAAUACAUUGGUCAUAAUAAAGGCGGAGCUGCAUUGCUUAUCGAUUAUGGGCAGGAUUUUAUUCAAGGAGAUACUUUGAGAGCAAUUAGAAAUCAUAAAUUUAUAAAUCCAAUGAGUUCACCAGGUGAAGUCGAUCUAAGCGUAGAUGUAAAUUUUCAAUAUUUAAAAGAAGCAAUUGCUAUCGAUAAUUUGGUUAAUUGUUAUGGACCAAUUCCUCAAUCAAAAUUUUUAUUAUCACUUGGAAUAAGCUUAAGAUUAAUGGUAUUGCUAAGAAAUCCUAAUGUUUCCAAAGAUCCAAUUUUGAAAAAUGAAUUAUUACAAUCUUACAAAAGGCUUGUUGAUCCUUUAUCAAUGGGUAACAUUUAUAAGGCAUUGGCAAUCACACCUAAAGGUUUAUCAGAAAAACCUUUUGGUUUUUAA